AUGCCCGACGAGCGAGCUGCCUUGCUUGGGGCUGCACCACGGCGGGCCUCUGCUGCAGCCGGCGCCGCCGCCUGGGUCGCCGAGAUGGCGCUGCUGACGACGUCCUCGCUGCCCGUCAUGCUCGCCUACAUGCUGCAAAACAGCCUGCAGACCGUGUCCGUGCUCGUCGUCAGCCGGCUGUCGCCCGAGGCCCUGGCCACGGCCGCCUUCUCGUACAUGUUUGCCAUGGCGACGGGCUGGCUCGUGGCCCUCGGCGGCACGACGGCCCUGGACACGCUGGCGGCCAGCAGCUUCACGGGCACGGCCGACAAGGGCAGCCUGGGCGUGCUGCUGCAGCGCGGGCUGCUGGUGCUGACGGGCUUCUACGGCGCGGUGGCGCUGCUGUGGUGCGUGGGCGCGCGGCCGCUGUUUGUGGCGCUGGGCCAGGACCCCGUGGUUGCCGACCAGAGCGCGCGCUUCCUGCGGCUGCUGGCGCCGGGCGGCCUGGGCUACGUGUGGUUCGAGUGCCUCAAGAAGUAUGUGCAGGCGCAGGGCCGCUACCACGCGGGGACCGGCGUGCUGCUCGUCACGGCGCCGCUCAACGCGCUGCUGCAGCACGCGCUGGUGCACCGCGCGGGCCUCGGCCUCGACGGCGCGCCGCUCGCCACGGGCGCCGCCUACUGGCUCUCCUUUGCGCUGCUCGCCGCCUACGCCGCCAGCGCCGACCACCGCGGCCGCGCGUGCUGGCCCGGCCGGGCGCUGUCGCGGGCGGCCGGGCGCACCGGCCUGGCCGCCUUUGCGCGCCUCGCCCUGCUCGGCGUCGUGCACGUCGGCUCCGAGUGGUGGGCCUUUGAGAUUGUCGCCCUCGCCGCCGGCCGCCUCGGCACGCGCCCGCUCGCCGCCCAGUCCGUCAUCAUGACCCUCGACCAGGUCAUCAACACCGUCCCCUUUGGCCUCGGCGUCGCCGCCUCCGCCCGCGUCGCCCACCAGCUGGGCGCCCAGGACCCCAAAGGCGCCGCCCGCGCCGCCCACGCCGCCGCCCUCCUCUCCAUCCUGCUCGGCAUCCUGCUCCUCGCCGCCCUGCUCGCCACCCGCCGCGUCAUCGGCCGCCUCUUCAGCGACGACGCCGACGUGGCCGCGCUCGUCGCCGCCGUCAUGCCCUACGUCGCGCUCUUCCAGGUCGCCGACGGGCUCAACGGCAGCUGCGGCGGCGCCCUGCGCGGCAUGGGCCGCCAGUGGGUCGGCGCCCUCGUGAACCUCGUCAGCUACUACGGCGCCGCCCUGCCCGCCGGCGUCUUUCUGGCCUUCCACGGCUGGGGCCUCGCCGGCCUCUGGCUCGGCCAGUGCGUGGCCCUGUUCCUCGUCGGCCUGCUCGAGUGGGCGCUCGUCGCGUGGACCAACUGGCCCGCCGAGGUGCGCCGCGCCUUUGAUCGGCUCGAGGCCGGUGGGAUCGUGACCGUGCGCCAUGUGUCUGAUGUGUUGUGA